AAACAGAAAAAAUAUUAACCAUUCAUUUUAGAGUUUUGACGUGGGCGGUCCGGCUGUCCAUUUCCUUUUAGUCUCUCCUUUUUUUACUCUUAAUUCUUUUCGAAGGGUGUAGGCCGAGCCUCCUUUCAACCGUCGUGAACGCCGUCGCGACGAGAGGAUUGGUGAAGAAGAGGAGAACCAGCCAAUUAUCUCAUCUGCGAUCCAGGGAAGCAUUAGAAGAGAAAGGAAGCGGAAUCGGUGAAAGGGUUAGCAGAUAUGUCGUUCAGGAAAGGAGAUUUGCUCUCUCAAACCAGAAGGCUCGUCAAGGGCUUGGCUAAAAUCGAGCCCGUUUGGCUCAAAGCCAUGGAACAGGCACCUCCUGCAACCUUUCCUCGUGUUGAGGGGAAAGUCAAGAAGAUUAGUCUUCCUGAGGAUGUCUAUAUAAAGAAAUUCUUUCAGAAGCAUCCGGAUUCGAAGCAUGAAGAUGCCAUCAAGAUUUCUGGAUUUGAUCCUCCUCCUGCCCGUGUGUUUGGUUUGCGGGUGCUGGAGUUGAAGGAGCAAGGAGUUAGCGAGGAGGAAGCAAUGACUGUAGCUGAUAUGGAAUAUCGAGCUGAAAGAAAGGGGAAAAAGAAAGCAUAUACUCGAUUGAAACAAAUUGCUCAUCUUCAAGGAAAGAGACCCCCUCCUAACCCAUAUCCCAGCGCAAUCAAAGAGAUACAAGCUGAGGAGAGGAAGUAUGUUCGUGACCGAUUCUAUAAUCCCAAGAUUCUUGAACUAGUGCAGAAGAUGAAAGAAGAGAAAAAAGCAGCAGCUGAGGAUAGAUUGAGAGGGGUUGGCUGGUAGUUCAAACAUAUCUGAGACUCAAAACACGCUGCAAUUUUCAAUAGGUUUUUAAUAAUUCUUUUGCUGGAUGGAUGGAGGAGAUAGCAGUAAUGUGCUACUUGUCACAUUGAUCACCAAUUUGAACAAUUAAAGGAAGGCAUAGAAAUAGGGUUAGUUUUUACGGAUCCUUUUUGGUAUCAGGAAGAUGAAUCAGUAUCAAUUCCUUAAUCAGUUAAAGCUAUCAUGAGAAAUUGUCUUGGAUGGUUGGAUUUUUGUUUUCAUGCCAAACUCUUUUAGAACUAUUCUCCGGGAGGAACCCCUGAGGCAUGUCAGAUUUCUCUCUUGAAGUGUUUCGAGGUAUCAGUCGCUCUCCUCUCUUAAAGGGGCUUGAUUGUUAUUUACCUUCACUAAUGUAACACUAAAAGAUCUUCUUUUCCUCCUAAUCUGAUGGUUAAAAUUAAUGGAGGCAUCACUUCUCUCUUAGCAUAAUAGCAGCACUGUUUGGGCGUAAUAGAUCAUUUUUGGGGCUGUGAAGAUUGCAACCUUAACCUCAUCCUGCAACCUUUGAACUCGGGUGGAUGCAUAUUUGCCUUUUAUUCUGUCUGUGAAUUACUCUCGUCGGUUGUCCAUUAAUCUACUGUAGUUAAUGUUAGAAGAUAUUAUUUUUUAAA